AUGAUACCACAGUCAUCGGGCUCAUUCAACGACGAAGCGGCAUACAGGGAGGAGGUUCAGAACCUGAUAAUGUGGUGUGCUAACAACACCCUGGUCUUAAGCACCAAAAAGACCAAGGAGAUUAUCGUGGACUUUAGGACCUCCAUCAAGAUCACGCACAUCCCUCCCUCAGUGUCUCUGCUCCAGAGGUCUCCCUCCUCUCCAGUCACCUGCCAUGCUACAGGUUUCUACCCCGACAGAAUCGUGAUGUUCUGGAAGAGAGAGGAAGAGGAGCUCCAGGAGGAGGAGGUGGACCAUGGUGAGCUCCUCCCCAACCAUGAUGGAACCUUCCAGAGGAGCGUUCACCUCCUCGUUGACCUUUCAUCAAUGAAGGCUGAGGACUGGCAGAAGUACCACUGUGUGGUUCAGCUUUCUGGGAUGAAGGAUGACAUCAUCACCAAACUGGACCAAUCACAGAUCAAGACCAACAGGAAAGAUCCUGUCAAUACCAUCCCCAUCAUCAUUGGAGUACUUGCUGCUGUCAUCUUCAUCAUCAUCGCAGUCCUUGGUGCCAUACUGUACCAGAAGAAGAAAGCCAAGUGCCCUCCACCUUCUCCUGACAGCAGCUCUGAGCUCUCUCAGAAACUGAACCCCGGUGCUUCACACUGAACUAAGUCUGAGGACAUGUUGGGGAAUCAAGCAGGAAGGAGCCCUCUCAAAAUCAGCUUUUAGUUUAUAAUUUGGGAAUGUGUCAGUUAAAAAUCAGUCGUGAGUCAUAAUGAGGGUAACCGGUGUGGGCAGUUACACACGACAUGCUAAAGGACAAAAGUCAACAAUCCAUCACAGCUGUAGAACAAACUAAUAAGCUCACACACACAUGAAGAACAGUGGUGACCCGUUGGAUCAGACCUUCUCUGGUAUGAAGAGAAAAUCCCUCAUAAAGCAUUUAUAUGAAUGUGGACUCAUUAACAUGGUGUUGGAGUGAAACUCCAGUGGUAGUUGAAACCAGUGAGCUGCAGUAAAUUGUGUGUACAGAUCCUUUUCCUAAUCCCCCUCCCACACAUCACAUGACUCCCCUGCAGACGACAAGGUUAGAACAGCAGCAUGAAGAAAGAAGUGAUGGAAUAUCAAUACUCUCUACUUAGAGGAGGAGGGGCGCACUAUUUGUCUCCAGAGGAAUUCAUAAAAGCUUCCCCGUUUGUCAACACAAUGAAACCCCUCCCAAAACACAACUAGCACACACACACACCUUUAGCCUCCCCCGUGACAUCCUCCCCCUUCACUCCACCCUUCAGGGCACCACCUCUGUGAUGGGUUGUUGUGCAGCAUCAUGACGUCCCGUCUUUUCCUCCACAUGUUCUUCUCAAAGCUCUGCUUGCAGAAUGGACACGUCCUCCUGAUGCAGCAUCUGUCUUUGGAGCAUCAGCAGGUUGACCUGUUGUACGCGUGUUGUGUUUUCUCUCUGCAGCAGAUUGUGUGGUUAAAAGUUGUAGGUUGUUGUUACCCUCAUACUGCUUCUGCUAAGUGACGGGUAGUGUGCAGGAUGUGUGUUUCUGGGCUGUAGCUGAGCUGGUAGAGAAUUAGGUUUGAUUUGCUGGAUAUUUUUCAUGUCCUGUAAGAUGUUAUCUUGAUUUAUCAUAACUUGGUUGAAGGGGUUUGGUUCUUUGUUGCUAUGUGUGACCAUAUUUACAGAAUAUAUGCUACAGAAAUGUUUGCUGUUUGCUUUGCUGAGAAAUGCUUUUAAUGGGGGGUAAACUGCCUUAAACUGCUGGUUUCUGUGAAAUAAAGUCCUCAACAUGU